CAAGACUAUUUAUAAACAUGGCGGGUGUUGACAAUUGGCGCACAUGUUUAAAUGAACUGAAAAUAUUUAAACAACUGCGAGAAAACAAUUGCACAGAUUCAAUUCAGAAGAGAAAACUUCAUUCAAAGAGUCUGGUUCAAGUUUUGGACAGCGAUGUAUAUGUUUGGGAUGGAUAUGCCGCGCAACUCUUGAAUUACAAUCUCAAAAAUUUUUCGGAUUCUCCCGACAAGAAAUCACGAUCUCAGUCUCUUUUAUGUACUGAUCCUCCAAGGUUUGAUGUUGAUGGGAUUGAUUUCAACCAAUCGAAAAGUUUUCUAGCCAUAUGGGGAAGCUCAGGAGUUAUGGUUUUGGAAAUGCCUCAAAGAUGGGGAAAGUAUUCCGAAUUUGAGGGAGGGAAACCAGCAGUAACAUGCAAAACAACCAGCGUCGCAGAACAUUACUUUACAAGUCACAGAAGUGUCCAGCUUCUACAGGUGGCUUGGCAUCCAGGCAGCGAAACCGAUUCUCACAUGACACUCCUCACAUCCGACAACCUCCUCAGUACAUAUGAUUUGAGGGAGCCAGAUGUUCCUAUUCACACUGUGACGCUUGGUGACUCCCUGCAGGACCUGACAGAUUCUCCCUCCAAAACCUCGUACAGAGCUGCUCUAGGCGAUGUAGCAGCAUCUUUUGACUUUGGCCCUCCAGUGGAACUCAAAAGAAAGAACCGGUUCCAUUCCACACUUACUAGUCCUGAUGUGGUGUGGCCUGCUUACAUUGUGUUUGGAAAUGGUGAUGUUGUCAUUGCAUACACAGACCUGUCCCCAGACCCUUCAAGCAUCCAGAAGCUGAGUCUCCAGGGGCCUCUAGUGAUGCUCCCUCCUGCCGAGGACAACUAUGGGGUAGAUGCCUGUUCUAUCGCUGUCCUAGGGACGGUUCCCUCGGUGCUAGUGAUUGGGACCAGGGACGGAAAGCUACACCAUUGUCUAGUGAUGCAGUCUAGCCUUGAGGACACCAAUCUUCAGUCAGAGACUCAAUCCAUGAUCUCCACGGAUACCAGCUUGCUGUAUGAGGCCCCGGAUGAUGUCUCCCUCUAUGUUUACGAGAGUGUAGAACUCGAACUUUCCCUCACAACCACCUCUUUGAAAACUGAGGAGUUCAUAGAAGACACCUUUACCUGUCCAAUCAAAAUAAUCAAAGACCCCAUGGCUCCUGACCGAUAUCACUGCAUUCACUCAGCUGGCGUCCACACCAUUGUGUUACCAUGGAUACAAGAAUAUCAAAAGUUUUUUGCAGAUAACGUAGGUGAGAAUGUACCUGAGCAAGAAGACUGCAUUGUUGAGCACCUGAUCUGUACUAAACCACUCCCAUCCAGUCCGGUGGCCCCGGUGCUGGGAUUGGGCCUGGUGAGGGGACUAUCAGUGGAGCCCUCCCUACUGACCUUGACCUGGGACUAUGAACUUGUGUCCCUCCCCCUGUGUCCAAGUAGGUACAGAGACAGUGCUGGACCUUUACACACUGACGAAGAUCCGACCACAAUCGAAUCGCCAUUACGUCGUUUGAGUAGGGAGCCAUUCGAUUUAUACAUUAAGAAAAUUCUGCAACGCAAUGUUACCAACCCAAAGCUGAAAUUUGACAAGAAAACAGAAAUAUCUCAGCAAGAAUGUUUUCAGCUCUUGACACGUGCCACACAAGUUUUCAGAGAAGAGUAUCUUCAGAAGCAAGAACAUGCUCAACAGGAGAUACAGAAAAGGACAAGAAUGCUGAGAAGUCUGAGGGCCCAGCAGGAGGGGGAUGUCCGGAGUCUGGAGGAGUCCCGGAAUCGUGUCCGGAACAUGGCAGAGAGUCUUGCCACAAAGUACAGCGACUGUCAAGACAAACAGGAGGAGAUACUCCAGAGAAUUGAAGAGGUAAUGAGAAGAUUACAAGAAAAGAUGCCAAUGAUGUCAGAAGCUGAGAGAGGAAUGAAGCGAGAGCUAGAAACUAUGGAGGAGCAGCUGGAAAUAUACAAAAGAUCUCUAGAUCAGUUGAAGAUCAAACAGGAUUAUCAGAGGAGGCAGAUAUCACAGACUCCUAACAGACAACUCUCAAGUCCAAGUCUUAAGUCAGGUCAACUCAAGCAGCUACGGGAGGUUCUCCAACAAGAGGGAGAUGAUUUAGGCAAUUUAUUGAAAAGAGUCAACUCAUUAAAACUGGAGGCUGGAGUUUGAUAACUAAACAUGUACCAUUGCAGCAAUAGACAUUGUGAAAAUUGUUGACUUGGAGUUGCUUCCCAUGCACUGCAGUUUGGCAGGACCAGAAAAUAAAGACAACUCAGAAAUCUAGUGCAUAUGUAUAUGUAUUUGUUAUAUGUGAUUUUGUUGUUAAAUAAAUAAACAAUACUUAAAAAAUA